CCAAGCGUUCUCCCCCGUCUUCCGUGAAUGGGAGUCGCAGCCCAGGCCUGAUUCAGCCCGUCAAUGAGAAAGGGUUCUUUCUGCCAACGUCGUGUCGCGGCAUCCCCAAACACCUUCGUUAUCUACCCUAUCCUCGAAUUCGCACCCUCUCUCAUUCACUCUCUCCCAUCGCAUCGUGGGAGGCUGGUUUGAUACCUGGGCUCGCGAGUUAGAUUGUCAUAUACCUAUCGCAAUGCUGGAAUACCUGCCCUGGAAGAAAAAGGUCAAAGAGCCUACCGCCGCCGCCUGUGCCGUCUUGACUCAUAAUGAGGCGGUGGGGAAGUCGGUCACUACCGCUACCCCCGCUACCGCGACCGCAACACCGGAAUCUCCCAAACCAGUCCUGUCCCACCACGACGAAGAAUUCCUGAAAAAGACACUCGAAGACACGGACGACCAACCCCUCGUUAUCCUUGAGGGCUCUGGGUCCGCCACGCCGAGUAUUGCGCCUCUUGCAACGCCUGCGCUUGAGAAUCCGGCGACUGCUGGUACGAGCGAUGAUUCCGAGGUGAAGAUUAAGAGUAAGAAGAAGGAGAAGGAGGAGAAGGCUGCCGAGUGGAAGGAGGAGAUUAGGAAUCGGUGGGAGGGGCUGAGGAGGUCUGCGUCUAGCGCUGUUGAUAAGAGGAAGGGGAAGGGGAAGGAGAGGGAGAAGGUGGAGGAGGGAUUGGAGGUUAAGGAAGAAAAGAAGAGCGAGGAGGAUGAAUUGAGGGGUGCGCUGGAUGGCUUGAAUCUUGCCGCGGAGGGUGGCCGCGCCUUCUCCAUCUCCCCGGCAACAGCCCAACUGCUCGACCGCUUCACGCAAAUCCUCAAGGACCUUGUCAACGGCGUCCCAACGGCAUACAAUGAUCUCGUAGAGCUCCUCGAAAGCUCUUCCAAAACCUUGGAGGAAACAUUCAAUUCCCUGCCCAACUUCCUACAAAAUAUGAUAAAGACAUUCCCAAAGAAGGUGCAAGCUAACGUGACGCCUGAACUCCUUCGUACUGCAGCGGCCGCGGCCCCCGCUACCGCCGCAAAGGUCGAAAGGCUAUCUUCGAUUCCAAGUCUUAAAGAAAUGGUUACAAAACCGGGAUUACUAAUGGGGAUGCUAAAAAGUAUUAUUAACCUGCUCAAGACUAGGUUUCCAAUGGCUCUUGGGGGUGCAAAUCUAGCGAUUAGCAUGGGGCUGUUUGUUGUCUUGUUUGUCCUUUGGUAUUGUCAUAAGCGCGGUAGGGAGGAGAGGCUCGGGAGGGAGAGGCUCGCGGCUGAGGCACUAUCUGCGGGCGAGGAGGAAACGACAGGAGCGGCGCCGACGGUGGUUGUGGGAAGAGAGGGGGAGGGGAGGAAGGAGUGAUGAUUCUGGCUUACGCCAUCGGGGAGUUGAGAUGACCGUAGGGUUGGUUGGUUGGUAUAUGUGAUACGGGAUAUGGUUUAUGUGGACACGCGCAAUGUCUUGCUAUUCAUCCUUGUCUUUUUUCCGCUUAGUUCCAAAACUUGAUACCACGCAUCUCCUUUGUUUGCUUACGCUUGAUAUCAUGCCCCCUUUACUUUCCUUGCUUUCUUACGCACUUUCUGCUUGAUAUAGCGAUCUCUUCCAGGUAUGUUUUUUACGGUGGAUGUGAGUGAUCGUGUUGUGUAUUUGUGUAUUUCUAGGAAUAACUAUGAUACUGGUUGAAAAUAA